AUGGCUAAAAGAUCUCGUGCUGCACUACUACCGUCGAACAUCAUUCUCUUGCAGAAUCUUGUGAAGAGAGAUCCAGAAUCAUACCGUGAGGAGUUUUUGCAACAAUAUGCACACUACCAAUCGUUGAGAGACAUAUUUAUGUUGAAUUCUGUGAACAAUGAGAGCAGUGAUGAGAGUGCGAUGGAUGAAUUUAUGGGAGCGAUCGGUUUUGUUGCGCAAGUUUGUUCAUGCUAUCCGCGUGAGACUGCGAACUUCCCAAAUGAGUUGAAGCAGUUAGUUUUGGAUCACCACAAGGCGCUACCGUUUGAAGUGAAGGAGAAGAUUAUUACUAGUUUGACCAUGUUGAGAAACAAGAACGUUAUCAGUCCGGAGACAUUGAUCCAGACGAUGUUUCCAUUGCUCAUUGCUUACUCUUCGCCAAGCAACUCUAUGGUGCAAAACUCGCAUGCCAAGGAGCUAAGGAGUCUUAUCUACAACACUUUGGUGCAGCUCAUGAAGUCAUGCAAUACCAAUGGUAAGAACCAAAAGCUAAAUAAAUCGACGCACGCGCUAUGUUUCAACUUGUUGGAACAGCCGGACUCUCAAGGUAUAUGGGCGUCGAAGCUAACCAGAGAGUUGUGGAGAAGAGGUAUCUGGGACGACUCGAGGUCUGUGGAGAUUAUGACCCAGGCAGCUUUGCAUAACGACGUGAAGAUAGCGUAUAGCGGUGUGCUAUUUUUCUUGGACGCAGACAAGGAGCGUGAGGAAGCAUUUGAAGAGAACGACGAUGAGGAUCAAGUGGACAUGACAGCUCUAAAGCACAAGUUUUCGAUCAACAAGAAGUCUAGUAAGAGAGGUAAGAAGUUGGAGCAAGCUCUAAAGGUUGUGAAGAAGAAGUCGAACAAAGGUGUUCCUCAAAACAACUUUUUGAACUUUAGUGCUAUCCAUCUUCUCCGUGACCCACAAGGGUUUGCCGAGAAGUUGUUUGAAAGGCAUUUAAGUGGGAAGAAUUCUAACAGAUUUGAUUUCGAGCAAAAGACGGCGAUCAUGCUGCUCUUGUCUAGAUUAACGGGUACUCACAAGCUUAUGGUUCUUGGAUUAUACUCGUACUUUUUGAAGUACUUGACCCCUAAGCAGAAGGAUGUGACCAAGAUUCUUUCUGCUGCGGCACAGUCGUGUCACGACUUGGUUCCUCCUGAGACCAUUGAAGUGAUGGUAAGGAAGAUUGCGAACGAGUUUGUGAGCGAUGGUGUGUCGAACGAGGUGGCCACGGUUGGUUUAAACACUAUAAGGGAGAUUCUAUCGCGUGCUCCACUAGCGAUUGACGAGACGUUGUUGCAAGAUUUGACCGAAUACAAGGGUUCCAAGGCCAAGAGUGUUGCGAUGGCGGCCAAGGGUUUGAUUUCGCUAUACAGAGAAGUUGCUCCUGAGAUGUUGAAGAGGAAAGAUCGUGGUAAGGUUGCAUCUAUGAGUAUCCAAGAGGACAAGCGUUCUGGCAGGGAAUCGAAACGUGUGAAGUUUGGUGUGGAGUCUACUGUUGACGGUAUCGAGGGUAUUGAGUUGCUAGCCAAGUGGAAGCGUGAGCAUGCGGAUGAGGAUGAGGAGGACGACGAGGCCGCAUGGGAGGUUGAAAGGAACGGCGAUUUGUCGGAUGCGUCAGACGUUGAUGGUGAGUGGGUGACGAUAGAGAGCGAUAAAGAGUACGAAGUUGACUUGGAGGACAGUGAUGCGGAAGAGGAAGAGUCCUCGGGUAAGGGUAAGAAGCGUUCGAUUGACGAUGUGGAAGAACAAGAGGAGGAGGAAGAGGAAGACAGUGAUUUAGAACUUUCGGGCGACGAGGCAGAAUCUAAGGAGAACGCUGAAGCCGGUACCGAUGCCGAUGCUGACGCUGACGCUGAAGCUGAAUCCGCUGCCCCAGUCUCUGCUGAAGAAGCAUUCAGAGAGUUGGCAUCCUCGCGUAUCCUAACGCCAGCCGAUUUCGUCAAGCUCCAACAACUCCGUACCGAGGCCGGUGUGUCGAAGCUCAUGGGUGUCAAGAACGAGGAGACCGUGGAGCACUACGCGCUAAUGGGUCCAGCCAAGCACAAGAAACAGACCAAGGAGGAAAGAUUGGCCUCUGUGAAGGAGGGCCGUGAGGACCGUGAGAAGUACGGAAGCAAGCGUGGUAAACGUGACAGCACGAUGAGGUCUACUACAAACAAGGAGAAGUCGAGGAAGAAGAACUUUGUGAUGAUGAUCCACAAGCGCUCGGUCAAGGGUAAGCAAAAGAUGUCGCUCCGCGACAGACAAAAGGUGUUGCGUGCGCACAUCACGAAGCAGAAGAAGAAGGGUUUGUAG